CCCGGAACACUGCGUAUAUUCCUUUGAUAUUCGUCUCCAUUUUUCAACUGCGUACUAGCCACAGACAACCUGAGGGAUUACCUCCUCCAACAUCGCUACCGGGAUAAAGAAACAAUCAAAAUAAGACACUGGUCAGAGAAACAUGUGGGAUGGACCAGGGCAAAGACCGAGGGGAGGGCCACCUUUUCGCGGUGAUCAUCGUGGAGAAAUGUUUGGGGAAAGAGAUGGUCCCAUGCCUGAUUUUAGAGGUAGAGAUGGGAUGAACGUGGGCCAUAUGGGCCCUAGACCGCUUGAUCUACCACCUAUGGACAUGAGGAGGAUAGAUGGUCCACCCAUGAGGGGGCGUGAAAUGGAGCCACGAGAUAUGCGAGGAAGAGAGCCAAACAGAGACUUCUUCAGACCAGGAGAAGAGCCAGACUUUAGUCUUAGAAGACAAUAUGAAAUUGCAAUCAGAGACAAACUAAUGAAUUCAUCUGGUUACAUGGGACCUGGUAGGAACUUGUUAGACAUGGGAGGGAGAGGUAUGCCACCACGGGAACCAAACAACAGAUUUAUGGAUAUGCGAGACAGGGAAAUGUAUCACUUUGAUAUGCCAGGGUUCAACAGUUCCAACAUGGAUGGAAGAAGAGGAUUUCCUUUGGAGAGAAAUGAUGGAUUUAGGGAAAUGCGUGACAGGCCUCCAUUAGGCAUGGAUGGCAUUGAUGGCUAUAAUAUGGACAUGCCUCCUAAUGAGAGGAGGAUGUUGGAUCUUGACAGAAGAGGUGGACCACCUUUCAAUGCAAGAGGUGGAUUUGAUUCUGAUAUGGAUUUCAGAAAUCGUCCUGGACCUUCAGGUGAAUUUAGAGGUAGGGAGCGAUCUCCUCUAAGGUUUGGAAAUGAUGUUGCUCCAAUGGACAGGGGAAGGCCUGGCAUUUCCUCAAAUGUUGGUGGCCCCCAGAGACCAGACUUUAUGGGUGGAGAAGACACCCACAGAGACAAUAGAGAAUUUUCAGACUCAAGAGACAGCCCGCUUAUGGAUUAUAGAAGUGGUGAGGAGAUGACUCUUGCAGAAGAGUGGAAGAACCGUCGCAAGGACAAGAACCAGUUCUCAAAUAUUAAUAAAGGUGUGGGAGAUGCAACAGACCAAAGCUUCCCUUUAGGUUUUGGCAGAGAAGGCAACGUCAGAGAUCCAACGCCAUUCAAAGACAGGGACAGGUCAUCUGUUGAAUUCUCUGGCAAAGAGGCUGGCUUCCCGCGUGGUGGUGGUCAUUUUAAUGCUAUGGAUUUAACACCAAUGGGCCGCAAACCUCAACAAGAUCAUGCAAGGCCAGAAAUCAAUCCCCUCGCAGGCUCACAUGGUAGAGAGAAUGAGACUGAUCAUUGGCUGGGAGUAAGAGAUCCUAAGCAGAGUCACACUGCACCAAGUCUUGAUGAGAUGACAUUUCAUCCAGAGAAGAAUCAGUCCGCUCAAGAAAUUAAGGGGCCAAAUGAUUGUUUUAAAGGGCCGAAGGAUAUACCACAUAAUGAAGGACCUGCGAGGAAUAAGAUUGGGACCGAACGUGAUUUCGAAAGCAGCAGCACAGUACAGGGUAGAGAUCAAGACUACAGAGACAUUGAUUAUAGAACAGGGACUGGAAGGGUUUUUGAUUACAAGCAUGAAGAAUUUCAACCACCAGAGAAAGUUCUGAAGGAAUCGAAGCCACUCCCAGCCCCUAAAUUUAGUGACUCUGGCUCUCAGGAUCAAGAUUACAGGAGUGCGUCGGUGGAGGACCAAGUUUCCAAUACAAUAUCCAUAAUUGGUAUUCCAAAGACUGCUACAAUGGAGCAGAUUCUUGGUGCCUUUGCAGUUCGUGACGGUGUCCCAAUGCAGGGGAUGAAGAUAAAAAGUGUGGUGCCAGGUUACAGCUACGAUACGGCCUAUGUGGAGUUUUUAAACCUCGAGGAUGCAGUCCACUUCAUGGAGUCCAACAAGGGAUCCCUCAAAGUUGGUACUAAAACAGCUUCCAUGAAAUACAUCCAGCCUGACAAAAGUGAAAGAAGUGUUCAUGAAUCAGAUCACAAAGUACCCCAGCUCCAGGUGCCCCUGUUGCCCGGUCCAGAAGAACCCUUGGAGAAAUUCAAGAACAACCUGAAUGGGUCCAAAGCCAAAGGCCCUAUGGACCCCUUGUCCCAGGGCCAGUGGCAGCGGAGCUCUGACCUGACCCCAGAGGCCUGGCAGCAGCAGGUAGACCAGCAGCUCCAGCAGCAAGAAGCAGAGCUGCAGACAGAGUCUUGGUCCAACCGCAACCCUCCUCAUCACGGUUCAAACCAAAACGAUCCUGUCUUCAAAGACAGCAAAACCAUGAUUAUAAAGAAUGUGAAGCCCACGACCACAGUGGAGACCAUCCUAAAGGCCUUGGAUCCCUUUGCGUAUCUGGAUGAGAGGAAUGUUCGUCUAGUUAAGGGCAAGACGCCUGGAGCCAAGUGCUUCUGCUUUGUUGACAUGGACUCCCACGAGCAAGUGACACGUCUGGUUGAGCUCCUCACUAAACCAAAGCCCCUUUCUAUUGAUGGUGUCAGAGUUUAUGCUGAGGUUGCAAAACCCCUGAAGAAUCAAAAUUUCAGAAGAGAUUUUGAUAAAUCAAGCAGUUCUCUUCUGGGGUACCCACCUGAGGCCAAUGUGAUGGGGCAGCAGUACCCUCAGUCUCUGCAACCUCCUGUUACCACCACACCUGGCAUGCAAGGUGACCUGAUGGCUGGCAGCAUUCAUCCCCCUCAAUCAUCAGACUCCAACUAUAACCAGGGAGUUGGUUAUGGUGAGACCCCAGCCGUGGAUCCAUCAUUCCAGGUUGGUGGAACUCCUGUGCCUGUAGAAUCAGCUGGUAUGACGGCCGGAGCAGACGGAUCAAUGGCCUACGUCUAUGGGUCUGAGACUCCAGACAUGUCCACCUACCUGUAUGAUGCCACAUCUGGCUUCUACUAUGACCCUGAGACAACUCUGUACUACGACCCCAAUUCUAGGUAUUUUUACAAUGCCCAAACCCAGGAGUACUUAUACUGGGAUUCUGUGACGAAGACCUACAUCCCAGUGCCAGGGGGAAGCACUACAGAGACCCAGCCUGUGACCAUGACUGCUGAAGUCCAAGCCAUCCUUUCCAACCCGGCAGCAGAUGCUCCUCUAGAAAUGAAGAAGCCAUCGGAUCCCUCGUCUUCCCAUGCUGGUGCAUCUACAGUUGUCCCACAUCAAAGCGUGGCAUCAGCUCCCGUUUCUGCCACCAGCCUCACUCCAGAUUCUGUCCCAACUUCUGCAUCAGCCCCUGAGAAGAGAGAGGAUGAUGACCUGGUUAAAAAGGACAAAGAGAAGGAUAGUAAAGAGGAGAAGCCAAGAAGUCUUGCUGCUGUCAAGAUCAUGAAAGAUAUGGAGCGUUGGGCAAAGAUCCAGAAUCGCCAAAAGGAUGUUGUCCGUGCCCCUUCGCCGGUGCUGAAGACUGGAAUGCAAGAGGACAAGAAAAUAUCCAAGGCAGCUGAUGCGGGUUUUGCUAUCUUUGAGAGGAAGGGCACUACUGGAGAAGAUCUUUUCAAGAAGCCCCUUGCUCCUCCUAAGAAAGAUGAAAAGGGAAAGCGUCCAAUGGGCUCCCUGGGCCUGCUGGCCUCAGACUAUGCUGCUGGGAGUGAUGAGGAGGUGGAAGAGGAGAAGCAGGAAGUACCAAAGAGCUCCAAGAGCCAAUCAGAUGACAAGGAUGACAAGCUGACAGACUGGAAGAAGAUGGCCUGCUUGCUGUGUAGAAGGCAGUUCCCCAACAAGGAUGCUCUGAUCCGCCACCAGCAGCUUUCUGACCUGCACAAACAAAAUAUGGAGAUCCACCUCAAGAUCAAGAAGUCCAAGAAGGAGCUUGAGGCCUUGGAGAACCAGGAAAAAGAGCUGAACGCCAGAGAGUUAACCAGGUCCCCAGAACAGAAGAGAAGAAAACACCAUCACCAGCCGCAGCACCUCAACACAUGGGCAGGAAGCUCCAGGGAAACACAUAAAGUCAGUGAGAGGCCUGGCUUAGGGGCUGAACCUGUCGUGAGGAAAAAGAAGGAGCCUGUUGUUUGGGAUCAUGCCACUUACAAACAAGCAGUUCGCAAGGCCAUGUUUGCACGGUUCAAGGAGCUUGAGUGACCACACUACCUGGACAAACGCCCACAGUUUCAUCCUAGGAUGGAUAUGUGAAUUGUCAAUAACAAUUGCUUGCUCACCUUGGUAUGAGAAAUCACUAUCACUGUGUCGACUGCAUCUCUGCCUUGGUCCUCACUACACUCUAGAGCAACGACUGUCUGUACUGUACUGAAUUAUUCUCUGGCCCAAAAAGUCAAAUUACUCAGCAGUGGCUGAGCUGAAGAAUGUGUCCUCAACGGUGGAUGUUCUAAACUAUAGAAGGUUAUUCAUGGUGUUGACAUUUUUUUCCUCUCUCCAUAUUGUAUGUGAUGUAAAGUAUUCUGAUAGGUGUCAAGACAGGUUGUGUAUGUUUUUUUUUUGUUUUUUUUUUUUUGUUAUUUUUUUAAUUUUAUUUUUUUUUAAUUGUCACAAUCGGGCUAUACAGUUAAAUUUUAUUUUGCAACUGAACAGUUUUUACAUGGAUUUUCCUUCUCGUUGGUUGAAAUUGAUAUUAUAUGUGCACAUUUUUAAGUAAAAAGAAUAAAAAUUGUAUGGACUAA